GAAUGUAAAUUGAGAUCUCUCUGAAAUGUUAGCGCUAUGCAUUGUUUAUAGACAUGCAGGACGUGAGAAUGUCUUAUAUCAUGUACGGUGGUCUAAUAAUAAUCGCUGCUGUGGUUUCGCCUACACCUCCCUAUGGGAUCAGUAGUUAAAUGUCAUAGGCUCUUGAUCUCUGCGUAUAUUAUUACAGCCACUCUGGGUGAAGUGGUCUUCUCCACUGUAAAAUUAAUAUGUUGUGUGUUUUUUAGUUUUAACUGGACAUUACGAGCGCGUUCUUCGUAAUUAUAUUCCUCACAGCCUACAGUGAGUAAACGCAGUGAGAAUGGAAUCCCAUCCGCAUGGCUCUGGACCUGCCUUGCAGUUCACAAGCGGUGUUAGUGAAGUAUCAAGACCUGUCCAGACCUUUCAUCUUCGGGACAUCUACAACCCCAAACCACUUCCACAAAGGACCCCGGUGGCAAUUCGGCCACCCAGCCCAAAACCAGGUCCUCCUCAGGAGCCCGUCGUCCGGCGUAGGCCGUCCUGUGAGCCGGAGCCAAAGCCCAUCAUGAGGAGACGGGCGAAAUCUCUCUCCUCCUCCACAGACGAGCAUUCCUGCAGGAACGUGCAGGUCCGCUUCGUUGAUUCCUUAGGGUUGGAACUGGAAGAUGUGAAGUUCUUCAAGGCCAGUGAGGACCCGCUGGUGCCGGUCCACGUCAUCACGAGACUGCUGGCAAGUUCUGAGCUGGCCUCCAGGAAGAAGCUGGAGCUCUCCCUACCCUACUUCCAGCCGUCCUUCCCUGACAAUCUGGGUGCCGAGGCUGGAUUCCUCAAGCGCUUGUGCCAGCAGAGAGUUUGCCUGGAGCAGGUGUUUUGCUCUGAGCUGGGAAUUAUAGGAACCGUGCAAGUGCUGAACGUAGCCUAUGAGAAAGAGGUUAUGGUGCGCUACUCGUUCACAGACUGGAAAAGCAGCGCGGAGAGUAAAGCGAGCUGGACCUGCACCAUCCACAGACACGGGCCUGAUCCAGAGUCAGACAUGUUUCGUUUUCACCUGCCUGUCCCACCUUUCAUCGUGCAACCAGGUGCCAUGCUACAGUUUGCCAUCUGCUUCCGGGUCAGAGGAUUUGAGUACUGGGACAAUAAUGGUGGAUGUGAUUAUAAACUGACCUGCCAGACGUACAAACUGACCGUCCCCAGAGAGUGUGAAGACAGCCUGCUGCAUUUCAUCUGACUCUCCACUCAAGCUGCACUGCGAUACAGACCUACACACACACAAUUCAAGGUUCAUCUGAUAGAGCCACACUUUUGCACAAGCAUUUUAAAAUGGAAGUUAUCAUUAAAAUGGCUCUUAUUUCAGGACUGACUUCCACCCAAGAACAAUUAGCUUGCAAUACCUGAUCGGUUCAGUAUUAUAAUUGCAGGAGGAGACUUUUGUCUUUAAUUGUCUGUUCAAAAAUAGAACAAACUUCAUGCCCAUUAUUUCAAUUCCUUUAGAACUCAGAGCUCGUCUGCUGAGAUAUACUGCACGUUAUAGUGCUCUUUACAUCACUGAAGGGUUAGUUCACUUUCAAAUGAAAAUUAGCCUAAGCUUUAGAUGGCUUGACGAUGAGUAAAGCUUGGGCUGAUUUUCAUUUGAAAGUGAACUAAUCCUUUAACAUCUCUUGGAGAAGUCUUGUUGUGUGUAAGAUUCUUUCUCUAAUUAUGUGAUUGAUUGUCUUGCAUCAGUUUUACAUGCUAAACAUUUUUGGAUUAUUUGGUAACACUUUACAAUAAGGUUCCAUUUGUUAACAUUAGUUAACAUGAACUAACAAUGAGCAGUACAGCAUAUAUUAAUCUUAGUUAACAUUAAUUUCAACAUUUACUAAUACAUUUUUAAAAUCAAAAGUAUCUGUUAACUUUAGUUAAUGCACAGUGACACAAACAUUGAACAAUUGUGGUUUUAGUAACCAACAUUAACAAAAGUUAAUAAAUGUUGUAAAAAAAUAUUGUUCAUUGUUAGUUCAUGUUAGUUAAUGCAUUCAUGUUAAAAAAUGAGAGCUUAUUGUAAAGUGUUACCAAUUAUUUAGUGAGGUUUAGUACAUUUUUUACUCUUGUGUCUAGUUAACAUCUUUUCCUGGUGUGAUAUGUGGAAUUAGACAUUAAUGCACAAGCUGACUUAGCAACUUAUUGUAUUAUGCACUUAUUCGAUUCUAAUGUAUUGCAUGUUACUCAUUUCACCCCAGCAAAACAGGGUUAUUUAUGCUCUUAAAUUUUGCAUAUUUAGAAAAGGAUAAAUUUGAGUGAUCAUUGUUAUUCCCUUGCGUUGCCGCUCUUGUUGACAGAGAUUUCUCCAGGCAGUAAAUGGCAUCUGAGGAAGGCAGUCAAUGCGCUUCUGACUCUACAGCUGUAAGGACACAUGAGAGAAAUGCGAGGUCAGUUCUAAAAAUAUCCAUCGUCUUUAAACCAGUAACAAAACUACUAUAAGCACACCUUCACCUUUGACACAUAGCCUGACAGCUGAGUGUUUAUCUGACAUUCUCUAUUUGAUGUAGAUUAUUCAGCCUGGUUGUGUUUUCUACUGCAAUAUAACUUGAGUAAACCAAAGUAUUCAUCAUUCAUCAAGAUCAUUACCACUAAAUUGAGAGUUAUUGUCCUGUUUUAUGAUUAAAUGUUUGUGAAUUUUUUUAAUUUGUUAUAUUUUAUUUUUAUUUUCUUUCUCUCUGUAAUUGAAUAACAAUAACUGUGAAGGGGUUUGUUGAUAUUCAAAGAGAACCUCUCUGAUUUUCAGCAGUACUGUGAGCGAACACUAGAUGGAGCUGUGAAUCUUGAGGAGCUCAUGCAAGCCGAAUUCUUCCACAUAAGAUUGGGAAAAAGGGACGAUAAAGACAGGCUGAUGUCCACAAUUUUAAAUAUUCUCUGUAAAAAUGAACAAUUUGGAGAACAUAUAUAUUGUAAGUUUUUUUUUUUUUUUAGUUUAGCUUAUUUUAUUUUUUUUAUCUGAAUUUUAGUGUUGGACAAUGUGCAAUAUUACAUAUUCAUAGGCACUACUGAUUAUAUGUAACUGUAUCUGUAUGACAAACUGUUGCCUUAUAUGUCUGCUGAUGUGUGUGAAAUAAACUAGAUGGACCCUUUUCACAUUUCCAGGGUUCUCAGAAGCGGAACUCGUCAUAGUUGGGUAAACUUCUACAGCGGUGAAUGGAGAUGACAGCAAAUAUAAUUUUUGUAUUUUCAUUUGCUGUAAUAGCAAAAGAAAAAAUCUGCAACAGUGUUUCCACAACU